UGUUGAAAAUGCUGUAAACUUUACACACUUAACAUUAGUGUAUAUUGACGGCCGCUAUCGGCCAUCGUAAGAUUCCGUGUCGCGGUCUGCAAAGGCACGAUCAAGAACUCUCACUGUUUCAUGGCCGUAAGUGCCAAUAACAAGUCUUAAUUUGGAGCUCUUCACUAACAUUUUGUAAGGUCCUUGCAUAUGACUGAAAACUUUUAGAAAGACAAUUUUCAAAAAGCAAAUAAUCAAUCUUAUUUUCUUUUGAUCGGUUGAAGAGGCUAAUCGUCAAAAUAAUAAUUGUACUACAUGUACUAUACAUCUGCGAAAGUCCCUCUGCUUCGAACCCUCCAAGUAAGAAACAGUUCCUUCUUCUGCGACUCAAGAGCAGAAAUUCGAACCACCGCACCACGUGGGCAACUCUAACAGAUAUUUGUAAAACUAGUUCCCCUUAAAUUUCCUCCAGAAAAUGAAGCAUCCUGAUUACUGAGGAUCAUUGUGUAUGUUUCUUUAAUUAAAUUUAUUUUAUGCUGAGUGUUGUUCAUGGAUUGAUACUAUAUUGUUCCAGCUUCUGAUCAUGAUUGUUCCUGGCACACAGUUUUGAAAGUAUACAAAUACCAUCUUCUUGCUUUGGGUGGAGUGUUAUCAACCCUCAUGAUUAUCAUCGACUUAACGUGCAUCUAUUGGUGUGUGAAAUACAAGGUUAAGAACAAACUUCAAUCAACGAGAAAGGGGGAAAUUCAAGAGAUCUCUUGCAGACCGAUCACAGAGGCAAUGGCACGAAUCUAUAGAAAUAUGAACUUCGAUGGAAAUUCAAAUUAUGAUCUGGUAUCAAAUAGGAAAAAUGCAACAAAAACUUAUAUAUUUUACAAAGAAAUUGACUCUGCACACUACGAUAAAGGAUUCUUUAGACUAAUUACUGAAAGUGGUAAUUAUGAUUCUGCUUGGUCCAAUAUCUGUUCCACUCAAGUAACCCAUGAUGUAGAGUAUGAUCUAGUACGCAACGUUGGCAAUCUGAAAGUCCCAGAAGAAGAGAUUUACAGCAAACAGAUACUUGACCCCGAAGACUUCAAUACGCAACCAGAAACAAGUGCAAAAGAAAAAUAAUCUGAUUAUCCAAACGUUCCUCCAUACAUCACACUUGUUCAA